UAAGUCGUCUCAACAGCGUUCCUCCAUAAGUGGAAACAUUCAGAUAGGAUUAAAGUCAAAUGUAUUUCCUGAAUACAAAGCCAUGAAGUUUUCUAUCGAACUUUACCAAACAAAACAUACAGUCAUUCGAUUCUCUGUUACUUCGCUUCACAGGUGUUCACGAGCUAGAUAUCAUCAUCGGUUUCGACCGAACAGAGAAUCCCACGUCGACUCAGAAAAAUAAACCAUAACUUUCUGACAAAGUGAGGUUCACGGACACCGCAGUCACGGGGGUCCACUAUGUUGCUAUUGCCAACCACAUGAACUGGAUAAUGAGGACGUUCACUGUAAGGUGAUUCACAAGCUUUGUUUUCUAUUUAAAAGCUGCCAUUAGUUACGAAAAUGAGGUUUCGUAUUCUUAAAAAGAAUCUGCUUGUUGCAUUGGGUCUCUCAUUCAUAUUUGUUACGGUCAUGUUUUCAACUCGUGUUUUAAUAUCUGGCAACGACACAAGUAGUGUCGCUCAUGAGAACGUAUUACCUGGAAUACGAAGUUUCACGAAGUUUCAAUUCGACUCCCUACAGGACAUGAAAACUUCCGUUUACAACGGCAAUUAUAAACAAAACAUUCAGAACAGAGAUACGUUUUCCGCUGAACCUCAACUGGUUCUAGUGAUUCAGGUUCACAACCGACCAGACUACCUCAAAAUACUAAUAACAUCGUUGGAAAAAGCAGCUGAGGUCCACAGUUUUCUGCUUAUUUUCAGCCAUGACUAUUUUUCAGAGGAAAUCAAUAGCAUUGUGCAGGGGAUAACCUUCUGCAAAGUCUUGCAAAUCUACUUCCCCUUCAGCACUCAGCUGUAUCCCUCAGAGUUUCCUGGACAGGAUCCAAGAGACUGCCAGCGAGAUCUGUCCAGAGAUGUGGCUGUUAAGGCGGGAUGUCUUAACGCUGAGCAUCCUGACUCCUAUGGCCACUAUAGAGAGGCCUCCAUUACUCAGACCAAACACCACUGGUGGUGGAAGCUGCACUUUGUGUGGGAGCGAGUGCAUGCGCUACAGGGAUACAGCGGCUUCGCUAUCUUCCUAGAAGAAGACAACUACAUGCUACCUGACUUGUAUCACCUGUACAAGGACAUGUUAGCCUUCAGGAAGACCAGCUGCCCGGACUGUGACAUGCUGGCUCUGGGGAACCACGACAGCUUGUCGGCGGACUUCUUCAAACUGUCUGACAAGGUGAGGACCACGGGUUGGAUGUCCACCAAGCACAACAUAGGCAUGGGCAUCUCCAGGGAGGUGUACUACAAGCUGAUGGGCUGUGGGGAUGACUUUUGCUCCUACGACGACUACAACUGGGACUGGACUCUGCAGCACCUUUCGGGCGGCUGCAUAGCCAAGCCUCUGAAGGUACUGGUGGCCCAGGGGUCCAGGGUCCUGCACACCGGGAACUGCGGCCUGCAUCAGAAGGAGAACUGCCGGCCAGAGUGGGCCCUACAGAAGGCAGAAGAAUUUCUCCAGCAGGCGAAGGACUCCCUCUUCCCACAAUCCCUUGAGCUGUCCAUCGCAGAGCCGGUGGAGCACAAGAUCCAUGUGAAGAAUGGGGGGUGGGGGGACAUUAGAGAUCAUAUUCUCUGUAAAAACUAUGCCAAACGUCUCUAAAACCGUGGGUGCUUUUCUUUGGUCUCACGUCGUAUGGGAUGUACUGAGGAAAAUAAAGGCCAUUAUUACUUGUGACGGGAUGUGCUUUGGAGACGGUGUCGAAUGCAGCUAAUUUUAAAGCUUGUUGAUGUUUCUACCAAACACCAUUGCCAAAGAUUUCAGUCAUUUUGUCAUGCGUUGUGCACACAUAGACGUUUUAAUUUGUAGCUUUUUCCCAUCAGGUUUCCGUUUAGUUGCGUUGAUUUGAAUUUUUAAGCUUACUUAAUGUGUUAAAGGUUCAUGUAAUGCUCCUGCAUCAGUUAGGCAUAACGGUAAACAUUCCUGAACAACUCGCCAAGUAGUGUGUGCUAACUGGUUUGCUUUAAUGUGGCAUUUCUGUAUUGGUACACAUGCUGCUUACAGUAAAGAUAAGCAAAGAUGCAGACACUAUGACAUAUGCUCAAUGCCAUGUUUGGAAGUGACACCGAUAAAUUAUUGCUAUUUUGCCACUAAGUCGGUGCUCAGGUUGUCGUGGACUAAACAUUACAGUACUUAUAUACAUACACUAAUUUGAGUCAUAAAAUAAUACCUUUCUCUAGCCCUUGAUGAAGGUGGAGAAAGAGAAUGUUUGUGAUUAGGUUUAGGAAUACUUUGUGAUCUUGAAAAGUAUAAAGCUAAACAUAUUGCUUCUACUGACUGACUUAGCUGAGGGUGAGUUUGCAUUUUCAUGUUAUUUACAUAGAGUAUAGAUCCUAUGUGUGAGGCCUGACCAAAUUAAGACGUAUUGCACAGACAGACACACACACACACACACACAGAUAUUUGAGGGAGUUUGUUUCAUCUUGGACGUGGGGUUCUUCAAGUUAACCAUGGAACUCAAUGCCUUUACAGAUGGUUCUGCUAUCUUGGUAAUAUACAUGAUGAUUGUAUCCUUGAUGAUUGAACUGUAUCAGAUUUAUUAUUGCAAAGCACAAUCUUUUCAAUGUAGCUUCUUUUUAUGUAAACUGCUGUUUACUGGGUGACUGAGAAUGUGUUUGGAAGUUACAAUGAUGAAAUGUAAAUACUGUACAUCAGUCUGUCACUGUCUUCUGAACGUAUCACUUGAAAUAUCUUGGUAGUUUUUCCUCUGAAUGUUUGACGAGAUGUGAAAGUAAAAACGUCCUUGUUU